AUGAGCGACGUGCAAGACAUUGAAAGGAAGGGAUCCAUCACGCAUCACGAGUCGCAUGGCCUCGACAAGCAGGCGGCACUGAUGGCCGACACGCACCACAAGCAUGACAAGGCGCUCGACGCGCUCGGCGACGCCGGGCGCGUGGACAUGACCGACGAGCAGAGCAGGGCCGUGUGUCGCAAGAUCGACUGGCAUAUCCUUCCCCCGCUCAUGUGGGUGUACUUCCUCCAGAUCCUCGACAAGUCGUGUGUUGGUUACGGCGCCGCGUUCGGCCUCAAGACCGAGGCGCACCUCAAGGGCAACGAGUACUCGCUCAUCUCGUCGUCGGGCUACUGGGCGCAGCUGGCCCUCUGCUGUGGCCCGACGGCGUGGCUCAUCGUCAAGUUCCCGACCAACAAGCUCAUGUCGAUCUGCAUCUUCUGCUGGGGUAUCUCCAUGAUCGGGCUUGCCUUCUCGCGCUCUUACGGUCCACUUCUCGCCAACCGCUUCCUGCUCGGCCUGUUUGAAGCCGUCAACAUCCCGCUCUUCACAGUCAUCACGACGACGUGGUACCGCCGCCGUGAGCAGCCCCUGCGCGUGGCAGCAUGGUACGGUACCAACGGCAUCGCGUCCAUGCUCGGCUCGCUGCUCACCUUCGGCCUGAGCUUCAUCAAGAGCCCCCACCUCUACGUCUACCAGAUCCUCUUCCUGACCGUCGGUCUGGCGACUGUCAUCACCGCACCCCUUAUCUACCUCUAUCUCGACAACAACCCCGCCCAGGCGCGCUUCCUCACGCCUGAGGAGCGCGCAUGGGCUAUCGAGCGGUUGAGGGACAACAACACCGGCGUUGAGACCAAGGAAGUCAAGUGGGGCCAGGUGCUCGACACGUUCACCUCGCCUGCCAUCUACCUCUACUUUAUCAUCACGUUCUGCGUCAACACCGGCGCUUCGGUCACCAACACCUUCGGUCCUCUUAUCAUCCAGAACCUCGGAGGCUUCAGCGCGCGCCAAACAAUUCUUCUCAACAUCCCCUUUGGCGCCGUACAGUCAGCAGUGUGCUUUGCGGGGUGCAUCAUCGCCGCGCGGUACGGGUACAAGGGCUUCGUGCUCAUCGCCUUCAUGCUGCCGUGUAUCCUCGGCUCGGGGCUGCUCUACGGACUGGGGCGCCAGAAGAGUCUCAUGGGCCCUCUCCUGUUCGGCUACUACUGCAUCGGCUUCCUGUUUGGCGGAAACCCGCUCAUCUUCUCCUGGCUCGCGGCCAACACGGGCGGCCACACAAAGAAGUCGCUCGCGAUCUCCAUGUGCAACGCCGGCUCGGCAGUGGGCAACAUUGUCGGCCCGCUCCUCUUCCAGUCAAAGGACGCGCCAGUGUACCACCCCGGUCUGGGCGCCGUGCUCGGCAUCUUUGUCGCGUGCGCGUGUAUCUCCGGGCUCCUUAUGGCGCUGUUCGCUCUCCUCAACCGCCAGAAGGAGAAGACGCGUGUCGCCCACGGAAAGCCGGCCAAGAUUGCCAACGCGUCCAUGGACAAGCACUACAAGGCUGCCGCGGACGACCAGGUCGACAGCGAGGGUAACAGACUCGGACAGCAGGCCUUUGCCGACAUGACGGAUCGCGAGAACGAUGAGUUUGUGUACACUUAUUAGGGAGGAGGAGGGUGUCUUGUAGCCUGUACCGAGAACUUGUGGAAGUAAUGCAACCUUGGCAGAAG